UUGGUCUCUAAGGUGCUACUGGUAGGAAUUUUUUUAUUUAUAUUUUGUUUCGACACACAUAUGCGUUUUAUUAUUUCUAGAGGGAGAUCUCUCUCCAUUCGAAUUAAACCCUGCGCAUCGGCUUCUGAAGAGUUAAAACGAGGCCGCCUUCGUUUCCUAGAGAGGACGUGAAUGUAUCGAGGAAGGGGGUCCUCCGGAGGCAACGCUCUUCCCUCCUGCCAAGCCAAUGCGCAUGCCUGGUCCUUCCAGCGGCUUUUUCUGCCUCUGCCCGAGGUGCUUCGGGGACUUGGACUUGGAAGCACCUCCAGUCACAUUGGUCUUUGCCCUGGGAGAAAAGUAGCAAUAAAUGGACAAGUCCCUUUGAGUCCUUUGGGGGCAUUCCAGCAACAUAGAUUAAUGAUGGAAAAAGAAGAUUCAGCUGAACCUGAAGCAGGAAGGGGUCCCCAAACCACCAAGACUGGGAGCAGUGAGGGAUUCUGGGGGGAAAUCAUGGAGAAAAGAUUGAGGGAAGAGGACAACCUUAGCCUAAAUGUGCAGCAGCAGCAGUUCAGGCAAUUCCACUACACAGAGGCCAAGGGACCCCGAGAGAUUUGCAGCCGACUCCACCAUCUCUGCCGUGAGUGGCUGAAGCCAGAACUUCACACAAAAUCUCAGAUCCUGGACCUGGUGAUCCUGGAGCAGUUCCUGGCUGUCCUCCCCCCGGAGAUGGAGAGCUGGGUGAGGGAAUGUGGAGCAGAGACCAGUUCCCAGGCGGUGGCCCUGGCCGAAGGUUUCCUCCUGAGCCAGGCAGAGGAGAAGAAGCAGGAAGAGCAGCAGGUAAAUGGUAUGUUGUCAGAAGGGACCAACGAUUUCCACGAGGCAGAGAAGACUCUCUUGGACAGUGGAGAGCAUUCGCUGAGACGGGGGACAGCCCAGGAGGAAGACAGAAGGGCCUCCUUGCUGGGGAUCUUCUUGUGGAAUGGAAUAAUGCCGGCAAUAUCUACUCCGCCAUCUCUUCUUGGUGCUGGAGGGGAAACGGCUGUUGUGACACCUGGCCAGAGUCCGGUGUCCUUUGAAGACAUCGCUGUGCAUUUCUCAAAUGAAGAGUGGGCUGUGCUGGAUUCUCACCAGAAAGUGCUGCAUAGAGAAGUCAUGGAAGAGAUCAUUGCCUCUCUCGGCUCUAAUUGCCGCAGAAAGAACUUCCGCCAGAGUCCUGCCAUUAUUCCCUAUCAAAGAAUCCACACCGGGGAGAAACCGUAUCAGUGCUUGGAAUGUGGAAAGAGCUUCAGGCAGAAAAUAACCCUCAUUCGCCAUCAAAGAAUUCACACCGGGGAAAAUCCGUAUCAGUGCUUGGAAUGCGGAAAGAGCUUCAAACAGAAGAUCACUCUCAUUCAUCAUCAGAGAAUCCACACAGGAGAGAAACCAUACAAAUGCUUGGAAUGUGGAAAGGACUUCAGUCGCAGUUCUUACCUUACUUCCCAUCAGAGAAUCCACACAGGGGAGAAGCCGUAUAAAUGUUUGGCAUGUGGGAAGAGUUUCACAAGGAAGAGAAGUCUCACUUCUCACCAGAGUAUUCAGGCAGGGGAGAAACUCUGUAAGUGCUGGGCUUGUGGAAAGAAGUUCUGUCAUGUUUUGCACCUUACUUCCCAUCAGAUAAUCCACACAGGGGAGGAACCAUAUUGUAAGAGAGAGGGCUUGCAGAGAGCAGCCCACUCUGCUUACUUCCGUCAGAUGGGAGAGCAGCAGCAAGUCUGGGAGUUCAAAUCAGGAACAGGAAGGGUUAAGACGGGUCCAGGGCUCUGCAGAGUCCUGGUGGCUCAGCUCCAGGUUGGUAGCAGGGAAGCAGGGGAGGAGCUAGCUUCAGCAGGGGCUGGAAAGGAGGGAGGAGAGGGAACGGCACCUCAGGAGCCUGGUUUGGGACCACGGAGGACCCAUAGAGCAAGGAGGAGGGGCGUUUGGAGUCUUAAAAGGGGGGUCAGAGCCCACAAGACGCCAUUGUGGGCUUCUGCCCCAUGCAGAGCAGACAUGAUUUGAGACAUCUCACCA